AUGAAUUCUACAGUAUGUCGUAUUGGAUUAAUAAAUAACAGUAAUAUCAGUGCAAGUAUAAUACAUAUAUCAAAUCCUCAGAAGGGUGAAGGGAAAAUGGAAGGUAUAAUAACUAAUAAGCCAAGGAUGCCAAGAACUUCAAUUGUAAAACAAAUGAUUUCCGAUGCUAGACUAUCAAACUACACCAAACUGAAGAGUGGAGAGCGCAUGUCAACUGCGAAAUCAACCUUAAGGGUUGAAUGCCACGAGACAGAGAUCAGUGCAAUAACAAUUGGAUUCUAUAUUAAAAUCAAUGAAUGA